AUGGCACAAAUACAAUUUGAACCUAUUAAAUAUUUAGGAAACCUCCCCGAAUUUAAUGGUGACAAUAGAGAUCUGCAAACGUUUUUAAAUUUAAUAGACAGGAUACAUCCUAUAUUACAGACAUACGACGAACUAUCACAAGGACUAUUCUCAGACUUAAUCAAAAGUAAACUCAAGGGUAAAGCCAGGGAAAUUAUUGAAAUAAAUUGCCAGGCAACCUCCUGGAACGAUAUAAAAGCAGUCCUACAAAACAAUUUCGGUGACCGAUUAAGUUGUGAUGAACUUUUCGACUCGCUCAGGGCAACUACAUUUAAAACAACUAGUCUAGACUUUUUUGACGAAAUAAAGAGUAAACUUAGACGCCUUAACAACAAGACCUUAUUCGUACUUGGGCAAGAAUUAGGAGCAGCAAGCACAAUCGCUCAAAAUAACUCCCGUACAGCUCUUAAUAUUUUUAAAUCCAAAAUCCCAGAACCUAUGAAAACGAUUUUGGCUUGUAGAAAUCCGAACACUUUAGAAGGAGCAAUGAACAUCCUCUUUGAAGCUGGAUACGCCCACCUUCGAAUAGACAAUCAACAACCUUUUACGCGAAAGAAACCCGAACAAAAUAAAUCUAACUUCAAACAAAAUCAACACCAACAAAAUUUCAAACCACACAAUUUUAAUCAAAAUUUUAACUCACAAAAUAAUCCAAGUUUCAACCACCACAGGCAAAACUUCCAACGACGACAUUUUGACCAACAAAAUUUUAACCAGAACUUCAAGUCACAUAAUAAUCCAAACCAUAAUAGCCACAAUCAAAAUUCCCAACAACAGAAUUUUAACCAGAAUACUAAUCCUCAGAAUAACUCAAAUUUCAAUCACAAUAGACAGAAUUUUACAUCCCAGAAUAGAACUUUCAACCGUUUUCCAAUACCUGAACCAAUGGAUGUAAAUGUUAACUUUUCAAACGUUGGAAUCAAUACUUCAAAUUUUAAUCCACAGCGAAAUUUCGCAGCCCAGAACGAAGUUUAUAACCAAUAUAAUCAUAAUAAUUACGGGGCACCUUACAGUCAACCUCCUUCUGAAAAUUUUCAUCCUUCUGCCUCGGAGGACUACCCUAUAUAA